AUGGUUUCAGAAGAAGAAGACGACUCUGGUGAUGAAAUACUAAUCAAGAAGACUCCAACUUCUGUGACCAAGGCACCCAGAUCUGUAAGCAAGAAGGAUGCAGAGAGGAGAAGCAAGAAGAAGAAGGAUCCAAUGAACAAGACACCCAAGAUGUACAAAAGAUCUCAGGUACAAAUUCCUGAGAAGAAGAAAAAGAAAGAAAAGAAGAUUGAACCCUCUCCAGGAAGAAGAAGAAAGCAUGUAUCAGAUUCUGAUUCUGAGCCAGAUGUCAGACAAGAUGUUCCUGACAAUGUGUCCUUUCAUUUUCCAGACUCUGCUCAGAGAUGGAAAUAUGUGGUUCAAAGGAGGCUUGCUAUUGAAAGGGAACUUCAUGCAGAUGCCUUGGAACUCAAGGAAAUUAUGGAUUUGUUGGUUAAUGCAGGUUUGAUGAAGACUGUCAAGGACAUUGGCAGAUGCUUCACUCAUCUGGUUAGGGAGUUCAUUGUGAACAUCCCUACUGACUGUGAUGAUGAGAGCAGUUCUGAGUAUAGGAAGGUAUAUGUCAGAGGAAAGUGUGUACAUUUCUCUCCUGAAGUUGUGAAUGAGUUUAUGGGAAGAAGACCAGUGGCUGGACUUGAUGAAGAACCUGAAUUGAAUAGGGUUGCUAAGACCCUGACUGGGAAGAUGGUCAAGAAGUGGCCAAAGAAAGGAUUGCUCCCAUCUUGGAAAUUGACUACAAAGUAUGUUGUUCUUUUCAAGAUUGGCUGUGCAAAUUGGAUGUCCACCAAUCAUCUCUCUGGUGUAACCCCUCCCCUUGCAAGAAUGCUAUAUCUUAUUGGUACUAGUGGUGAAUUUGACUUUGGCAAGCUUGUUUUUUAUCAGACUCUGAAGCUUGCAAGCUCUUAUGCUGUGAGACUGCCUAUUCUAUUUCCAUGCCUUAUGUCUGAACUCAUAGUCAAACAACAUCCUCAUGUUGUGAGGCCUGAUGAACCUCAAGGUAAGAAACCUAUGUCUCUCAAGUUUGAUUAUCGCUUGUUUGUUGGGACACAUGUUCCAGACAUUAUGCUAUCUGCUGCAAAGGGUCCUGCCAGUAUCAGUGGUACUCAAGCAUGUGGUACAAGCAAGGAUGACAUCUUGGCUGAAUUGAGGGCUGUUUCCAAAUCCUUGGAUGCUACUAUUCAGGCUUCCAAGAUCAGGAAGAAGAGUGUGGACAAGCUCAUCCAGGUCUUAUCCCAGGCUCCUGCUGCUGCUGAGGAAGGGAACAGUGAAGACAUUGCUGAGAAUGUUGAGGAUGACUCAACUGCUCAUGAGGAAGAAGAGGCUCAGUAUGAAACUGUAGGCGAAGAAGAGGAUGCAUCUGAACAGGAUAAUGAGGAGACUGGUGCAGAAGAGGCGGAGGAUGUCACUAGCUCCAUAGUUCUAGCCCUCGUAGCACCUCUCUUUAAUUUCUUUUGGAUGUAUUUGAGCCCUGUGUGA